GGCAAAAGACAAGAUUAAUUGGUUAGCCUGAAGAAAUGCGUCAGCCUGGACGACGACCGAUAUCGAUGCCAUUUUUAUAACAUGGAUGGAUCAGCAGAGGAAGAAGAAGAAGAAGACGACUUCCACUGCUCGACCUCAUCCCACCUCCCUGCUUCCUCCUCCAAUCGCCACCUCGACGUAGACGUCGAUCUCUCAUCCUCCUCGUGGGCGCCGCCGCUUCUGCUCCAGUGCGCCCGCGCCAUGACCUCCUGCCACGCUCGCCGCGCCCGCCGACUCAUGUGGACUCUCAACGAGCUCGCCUCGCCUUACGGCGACGUCGACCAGAAGCUUGCCGCCUUCUUCCUCCAGGCCCUGUUGGCGCGCGCCAGCUCCUCCGGCCCCCUCACCCUCCGCGCCCUCGCCGACGCCGCCCGCCGCAACCGCUCCUUCGAUGCCACCCGCCGCACAGCUCUACGCUUUCAGGAGCUCAGCCCCUGGUCCUCCUUCGGCCACGUCGCCGCCAACGCAGCCAUCCUCGACGCUUUCUUCUCUUCCUCCUCUUCGUCGACGUCGAGCCUCCAUAUUCUCGACCUCAGCAACACCUUCUGCACGCAGUGGCCGACUCUGCUCGAGGCACUCGCCAUGCGGGCUUCCGACGCCGACACACCCCGCGUCUCCAUCACCACCGUCGUCGUCUCUGCUUCCUCCGUGCAAGAAGAGGUGAUGGGGGAGAUCGGGCGGCGGAUGGAACGUUUCGCCAGAUUGAUGGGCGUGCCAUUCCGGUUCGAAGCUGUUCAUCGCCCGGCCGGCCGAGACCUCUCCGACCUCGACCUCGACCGGCUCGUCAGUGAGGGCGGUGGCAGUGCCGCGCUCGCAGUCAACUGUGUCAAUUCGCUCCGCGGGGUGCCGGCCGUCGGAAGCCAUCGCGACGCGCUUCUCGCGGCCUUCCGCCGGCUCAAUCCGCUGAUCGUGACGGUGGUGGAGGAGGAAGCAGAGCUAUCAACACCAAAAGGGGAGGAGGAGAAGGAGGGGGACACAUUCUUGAAGGUCUUCCGCGAGAGUUUGGAGUUCUUCUCGACCUACUUGGAAUCGCUGGAGGAGAGCUUCCCGCGGGCGAGCGAGGAGCGGCUGGCGCUGGAACGCGAGGCGGGACGGGCGGUGAUGGACCUGGUGGCGUGUCCGGAGGCGGAAUCAGCUGAGCGGCGGGACACGGGGGCAAGGUGGUCGAGGAGGAUGCGGACGGCGGGAUUCGAGCCGGUAGAAUACUGCGACGACACGACCGACGACCUGAGGGCGCUUUUAAGGAGGUACGGAGAGGGAUGGUCGAUGCGAGCAGGUGGCGUCGUCGGCGGUGCCGCCGGGACAUUUCUGGCCUGGAGGGACAAGCCGUCGGUGUGGGCGAGCGCGUGGAAACCGGCCAUGAGAAACUGACGUGAAAACUCAUGUUUUGCCGAUCCAUCGAUCAGUGAGUUUGCAAAAAAUAAAUUAACAAUGUCGAUCUAUUACUCUUAAUAUUUCUCUGAAUCUUAAA